GUUCGUCCCCGGAUUUCCGGUUAAGAUUACACCAUGAACUGCUAUCCACCCAACUAGGCUACUCCUUUCAAGAUCUACCCCAUAUUCCGGAUGUUUUUUAAGGACAGCGCCCAUAUCAUUGCAACGAUUGCUUUUCCGGCCUUUUGAGUGACGCGGAAGUAAAAUCUUGAACGCUUCGAAUUCUCUUGACUGACUGCCAGGAUGUCUGACGCUCCACCGCCACCAUACCCCGGCCCGAACCCUGGCUAUGGUGCCCCACCUCCGGGCGGACAGUACCCACCUCCGAGCGGACAGUACCCGCCUCCGAGCGGGCCGUACCCACCUCCCAGCUCGGGCUACCCAGCACCAGCUCCUUACAACGACCCGUACAAGCAGACAGCUGGUAACACCACACACAUGUAUACAUGGCCAGGCUACUCAAACCCGAGCCAGCCAGGUGGGGGUUAUAAUCAGCCAGGAGGCUACGGCCAGCCAGCCGGCUAUGCGCCGCAGCAAGAAGGAGGCUACAACGGGGCUACUACGGUGGUCGUGAACCAGCCGCCCGUCACGCUGGUGCAGUCGUUCCGAGAGUCUCCGGUGCACACCUGCUGCCCGCACUGCAGGGCUGAGGUUGUCACGGGCAUACACUACGAGAGCGGCACUUUUGCCUGGGUCAUUUGCUGUGUGCUGUGGUGGGUCGGACUGGGCCUGGGAUGCUGCCUGAUCCCGUUCUGCGUUGACGGCUGCAAGGACGUGAUCCACACCUGCCCCAACUGUCAGCAGCAGAUUGCUCGCUUCUCCCGCAUGUAGUGCUGACUCACACAGGCUGCAGCCCCAGGGCUCGGAAGGACAUCAACGUUCCCUCCCUGGCAUAUCAUGUCUUUUGACAAACUUUAAAUGUUUUCUUCAGCGUUUUGAUAUUCCAUCCAAAUUUCCUCUUGUCUUGAACCUCUCUAUCUCUAAGUUUAUUGUAAUCAAUUAAAAAAAAGCAAUUUUCUCCACUUUCUCCCUGUUGUCGUAGCCUGCUACAGAAGUUGCCGCCUUACGGGUUUUCUGUGACACCGUAGAGGUCCGGUUGUUGUAUUGUGUACCUUCUGAAUUGUAAAUUUUGACACUCGGUUCAAAGUCCCUUUUCCUCUUUUAUGAAAAUACAAGUUAAUUUUGACACAAUGUCUGUAGCCAGGCAAAUCACUGUCACCUAGAUCCGCCAAUGGCACAUGUAACCGAGGUAUUCUUAAGCUUCAAGAAUAAUUCUAUGUAGAAUUAAUUCAUUUUCAUGAUUUGUUUGGACUUUUACAUUCAUUGUUACUUUUGUCUUUAUUAUUGGAACUGUGUUGUUGAGCGAAUUGUCUUUGCAUAUAUAUCAAAAUAAUCUUACUCGCUCGUUUGAAUUGCUUUAGAAUUUACAGACAUAAUAUGAAGGUUUUGAAAGUGGGGUUACUGUCUGAUAGUGUAUUUGAAGAACUUAUCAGUUCUCCACGUGAUUUUAAAGACAUUUUUUUACCCUAGGAUAUUACUUUUAAAUUUUAUAUCUGGAAAUGAAAUUUUCACAUACCAUGAUUACUUGGACUUUCAUAAAUCAAUAAAUGAAAACUUAUUGCAAUCUUUUUACAGACUCUUUUCAAUUGAAGAGUUUUCAAGCCAUGCGUACUUAUGUCUAAUGAAACUUAUGUUUUUAUGUCUUAAUAGUGAAUUGUAUGUAGGUUGUUAAGGAGACAGGUUGUUUUUUUUAGCUUUAUUUUUGAAGUAGAAACUAAAAGAUGCAAACAUCUUAAUUUAUUUCCUAUUGUACUUUAUUAUGACGAAGGGAUCACAGUUGUCUGUAUCUAUUUCGUGUUCUACGUUUGGAGAAUUUGGGAGCAGUGACAGUGCCUUCCCAGUAUUUUUAUCAUCUUUCAGCGCUUGUUGAUGUAUAGUGCAAAAGAAAUAACUAUAAUGUUUUGUUGACUAUGUUAAAAUUUUAUUACUCCAACAUUUUUCUCAUUUUAUCCUUCAGAAACCCCCCCUCAAAAGCCAACAACCAUACAGUAUGUUGAUGUAUCUUGACAGCUGUUUGUUACGACUAUUGUCAAACAUAUUAUACGUAGCUCAUUGUCUGAAUGUAAACUUGUCCAUUUUUGGAUUGUUGGUGUGUUAUUUUGAUGUAAGAUUAGUUUAUGUAGAAUCAUUUAUCUGUUUCACGUAGUGAUAGCUUUUUGUGUCUGGCUAAUAAUGAAACUCUUCCUGGCGCUGUGGAGGGGGGGGUGUGGGGGUGUGGUAGAAGCUCUUUUGAUACACACAUCUCAUAAAUUUUAAGCCUAGUUGGGGAAAACAUUUUUACAGUUGACAACUGUACUUUAGAUUUUUGCUCCUGGGAUUGACCUGAGAGGAUAAUUGUGUUUAUAGUUUGAUGGGGGACUUGCGGGGUUUGUUUCUAUUUCUAACGAUCAGCAAGACUAAAUAGUAAAUAUCACAGUGCCGAAUUUGGUUGGGCGCCAUAUUGCGUCAAUAGUGAGGGAGGACUUGGAAAAACUAUUUCUUUUUAUGCAGUGACAUUGCUAAAUUUUUACACUUUUUAGGGUUGUGAAGUUUAGAAUCACGACAUGACUUGGUGGCCUCCCUUUUGGAGCGGGCGAAAUAUUUUGUGGGACUAUGAUUGUUAAGAUGUUUUGUGCGGAUUAUGGACCUUGGAACCAUGGUGAAUGAUGGUGGUGUUGUUUAAGAAGACCAUAGAUUGGUGACCUUUCUGUGAAAAAUAAUUUUAUUAUGUGAAACGUAUAUAUGAAAAGGGGCCGGGAAUUUUGAAGUGAAAUAAUGAUUCAAUUAAAUGUCGUGUAAUGAAAUGAAUGUUUUGUCCACAAGGCAAAUGUUUACAAAUUUGCAAAGCUUAACAAAUGAGAAUUAUAGACAGACACUCUCUAAAUAUUUUUAAAAUAGUACAAGGGGGGGUCUUUGUAUAUGGUCAUUUAUACAGGUGAUUACCUUGGAAAGGUCGACGUAAGAGCAGAUUCGACUGUUUUUCAUUUAUUUAGAAAGUGCAUUUCUCUCUCUUUUCGAAAUUCCUAGUGACACAUUUUAUACGCAAACCUAAAAGGCUUUCAGAUGGAUAUUUGAUCAUAGGUUUGUCUGUAAUGAUUGCCGAGGAUAUGAAGGAAAAGGGUCAGGACUGCUGGUUUGCAGCACAGAAAUAUUUUACGUAGAGUUGUACGUGCACAAGAUUGGUGUGCUUGUGUAUAAAAUGACUGCCUCAGUGUAACACUCUGCCGCAAGCCGUUUUGAAAAGUGAAUAAGUGUCACGACGUGGUGGAACUGGGUGCUCGUCAAUUUUUGAGCGUAUGGAGUUAUUGAUAUUAUCUUAAAGCUUGUUCAUAUGUCUUGCAUUUGGCAAAAAAAAAUACCCAUCUAUCUUGAAUAGAAGUCGAGAUUUUUGAGAAUGAAGGAGGUGGGGGUCGUCUGGUUUCAGAAGUAAAAUUAGUGAAAAAAUGGCGGCCAAAGAUGAGUUAUUUCCAAGUCUUGUGAGAUGUUGAAACUGAAAAUCAACAUUUUUUGCGCCUUUAAUCAACAUUUUUCAGUAAAAUCCACACAGAAAUGUGUUCUUUAUUGGACAUGAAAGGUGGUGAACCAAAA